AUGGCACUGUCUGAAUUCAGUUUGCCAUAUGUGCCCCAGAAAGCUGUCAAAGGCCAAGCGUUGGUCGAUUUCUUGGCCCAACAUCCCUCACUAUAUGGUUUUGGGGGCAAUGACGUUGAAAUUAGCAUGGUGGAAAUACGUGAUAAUUACUGGAUGAUGUACUUUGAUGGCUCUAGUACUUUAGUCUCAGCUGGUGUUGGGAUCGUUAUUCAAUCCCCAAAUCACAGCCGCUGGUACUUUUUUCUCAAGUUCGAUUUUGAUUGUACGAAUAAUCAGGUCGAAUACGAAGCUCUUAUCAUCGGCCUUGGUGUCCUACAUGAUUUACGGGUAACUCGUGUCCUUAUUGUCGGUGAUUCCGAACUUGUGAUAAACCAACUUAAUGGGACUUUUCGUUGCAUGAGUUGCACUCUGCCACCUUAUCGCAUGGUUGCCAGCUAUUUGGCCGAGUCUUUCAACGGUGUUACUUUCAAACACAUUUCACGAGUUCGAAACACUGACGCAAACUAA